UUGAAUUCAUUUCGAGUCGAACUGUCAAAACGUUAGCAUCGCGUCUAGCUGUAAGCGUGUUUAAUUAAAAAGUUUUUCUGAAAAUCCACUCAAAAUAAGUGCAAAAUGGAAACAAUUUUCGAAAUUCAACGUCGCCUACACGAGGAAUGUGACAGGCUAGUAAUGGCGAUGUCAGAAGAGCUGCAGUCUCCGAAAAAGACGACGAAAGAAAAGGUACUGGCGGAUCACCGAAUUAAAAUAUACCUGGAGCGGUAUCAGAGCUGCAGCCGAUCGUUGCUAGAACUGUAUCAGGACAAGGACGGCGAGCGAAAGCAGGAAAUCACGAAUAUGAGCGUUAAUGAGUUUAAGGAAUUCUAUAGUCAGUUUAAUUCGCUGGUUGAGUUUCAUCAGAAUCACGGCAAUAAUGUGGCAGUUCCAGCUUCGAUUGAAUUCGCAAAGUUGCGCGAGCAGCUGAACGAUCCAAACUAUCUGGCGGAGAUUGUUAAAUUCAGUGACGUAGAGAAUUACGGCCAGUAUCUGGAUCUUCACGAAUGCUACGACAGUUAUAUUAAUCUGAAAGGGGUAGACAAGAUAGAUUACAUUACGUAUCUGUCGGAGUUCAAUAAGUUUUUGGAUGUGCCGCGGAAGCAGAAGAAUUUGAAGUAUAAAAUAUAUUUAGAGCUUCUGCACGAUUAUCUUUUCGGAUUUAUCACUCGAAGCCGACCGUUGUUUUUUGAAUUAGAGCAUACAGUGAAGCGAAACGAGUUGCAAUUUGAAGAUCUGUGGAAAAAUGGAGAGGCACCCGGUUGGGAGCGAGGCAAAGAUGUGGAUGUUGAGGACGCUAUGAUCAAUUUGAACGAGUUUGGCAAAUGGGAAGAUUUGACCUAUUUGGGAUUGGAUCGGCUCAAAGCCGCACUGCAGGCCAUGGGUAUGAAGUGCGGUGGAACACUAGAGGAACGCGCGCAACGUUUGUUCGCCUGUAAAGAGGAUCGAAACAAGGAAAGUGAGCAUAAGCGCCUUGCAUACAAUCAGAAAGACAAAGACAUUGCCUUGCUGGAGUACAAGAUCAGUAAAUUGGCGGAACUGGUUGACGAUCAAAUCUACGAGACAAAGAUUAACUUGCAGCGCAAACAAGCCCGUUAUACUUUGGAUGAAAGUGACGAAGAUAGCAUGGAUGAAGUCGAAUCAGACGAUGAUGACGGAAUACCGUACAAUCCAAAGAAUCUGCCCUUAGGUUAUGAUGGGAAGCCGAUCCCGUACUGGCUGUACAAACUGCAUCAGUUGCACUUUACGUACGAAUGCGAAAUCUGCGGCAAUUAUAAGUACAAUGGGCCGAAAGCGUUCCAGAAUCACUUUUCUGAGUGGAGACACGCGCACGGAAUGCGCUGCUUGGGUAUUCCGAACACGGCUCAUUUUGCCAACAUUACAAAAAUCGAGGACGCACUAGUUCUCUGGGAUAAAGUAAAAGAGCAAACCUUUUCCAAAAUGUGGGUCCCGGCCAAUGAGGAGGAAUUCGAGGAUUCACGGGGUAACAUUCUCAGCAAGAAGGUUUACCUGGAUUUGCAGAAACAAGGUUUGCUGUAAGGUAGAAGUCGGUCGAUUUAGUUUAAGUGCAGUGCAGUACAUUUCUUCUACAGUGUAGUUGUGUAAUCAACAGAGAAAUAAAUUGCUAAAUAUAAACCGGUUGGCGCCGGCAUUAUUAGGACAA